CUGCCACACGUGCCCAUGGCAUGCCGUGUCUGUGCCCUCUUUGAUUCCACUGUUCUUUUCCACCAUUUUUCGAAAGAUGGUCACUCAUCCAAGUUUGAGAAGGAAUUCCUGGAGGCCCACAACAACUACCGAAAACUGCAUGGCGCACCCCCCCUGCAGCUCACUCGGGAGCUGUGCCAGUCGGCUCAGCAGUGGGCCAACCACUUGCUGUCCAUCAAGUCCCUGCAGCACAGCGACACGGACAACGGCGAGAACCUCUACUACGCCUGGAGCUCAACGCCCAAGGAGAUCCUAGGAAAGGAGGCUGUGGAUUCCUGGUACAGUGAAAUCAAGGACUACGACUUCAGUAACCCGGGCUUCAUGGGCAACACGGGCCACUUCACCCAGGUGGUGUGGAAAGACUCCAAGGAAGUCGGAGUGGGCAAGGCCACCGAUGGGAAGACCAUCUACGUGGUGGGCCAGUACAAGCCUGCCGGCAACAUCAGCAACGAUGGCUUCUUCCAGAAGAACGUCCUGCCGGCCAACAGCUCAGGUGGGCAACCAAAGUACAACAACCCAGACUCGGCCCCCAAGAAACUGGCAGACAAGAACAGCCUGGCAGCAGGGAAACUUUCCAUGGCGGAGUUUGAGACGGAAGCCCUUGAGUGUCACAACGCAUACCGCAAGCUCCAUGGAGUGCCAGCCCUCAGCCUCAGUCGAGAGCUGUGCCAAGAUGCCCAGAAAUGGGCCAACCACCUGGCAUCACUGGGAACCAUCCAGCACAGCAACAGCAACUAUGGAGAGAAUCUGUACUGCAAGUGGAGCUCGAACAAAGCCGAUGCCACUGGUAAGGAUGUUGUCGACUACUGGUACAGCGAAAUCAAGGAUUACAAUUUCCAGGACCCAGGCUUCCAGUCCAACACAGGCCACUUCACUCAAGUUGUCUGGAAAGAUUCACGCAACCUGGGCAUCGGCAAGACAGUAAACGCCAAGGGGAUGGUGAUAGCAGUGGCACACUAUGACCCAGCAGGGAAUAUCACCAACCCAGGGUACUUUGAGAAGAAUGUGCGCCCACGAGGAGCCGCUCCAGCCUCCAAUGAUACCCUGCCAGAGGGUGGCAAGAAGAUGGCAAAUCCAGGUGGUGACAACUUUGCCCAGGACUUUCUUCAAGCCUGCAAUGAACGGCGGGCUUGGCAUGGCGCAAAGCCCCUUGAGCUCAACUCCCAGAUCAGCAGAGACGCCCAGAGUUGGGCCGAGCAUCUGGUCAAGCUGGGGACCCUCAAGCACUCGGACACCAAACUCGGGGAGAACAUCUGGGCGCAGAGAGGACCCCCGCAAGCCACCGUGUCAGGGGCACAGACGGUGGAGGCCUGGUACAAGGAGGUGGACAACUAUGACUUCUCCAAAGCGGGCCACCAGGAGAGGACAGGUCACUUCACCCAGCUGGUGUGGCGGAGCUCUACCGAGGUUGGUGUCGGGAAAGCCUCUGAUGGGAAGGGGCUCAUCGUCAUCGUCGCACAGUUUAGUCCUGCGGGGAACAUCACCAACCGGGGCUACCACGAGCGAAACGUCCUGCCAAAGGGGUCAAAGGUCACAGACGAGCCCGUGGAGAAGGAGAUGGAAAAGCUGCAGCUCACCAACCAGGUGGUUCCCAUUGCAGCUGGACAGCUACAGCUCUUCUCAUCCUCCCUGGUGGACGCUCAUAACCGAUUCCGCCAGCAGCAUGGCGCCGCACCACUGAUCUGCAGCAGCUCUCUCUCAAGGAAGGCCCAGCAGUGGGCUGAAGCUUUAGUGGGCAUGCGGGCCCUGAAGAGCAGUGGGAUGGACUACGGGGAGAACCUCUGGUAUCGCCAGGGCAACAGCCUCACUCUGCCCACAGGCACAGAGGUGGCCGAGGCCUGGUACAGUGAGAACACAAAGUACAAUUUCAGCACCCCUGGCUUCCAGUCAGGAUCAGGCAACUUCACCCAGAUGGUAUGGAAGUCCUCGUUGCAGAUGGGCAUUGGCCUGGCACAGGAUGGCGAUGGCCUGUUUAUAGUUGUAGCCUUCUUUGACCCUGCGGGAAACAUCACCAACCAGGGCUACUUUGAGAAGAACGUGCAGGCCCCGGCCACUAGGGGGCUCUCCAUCAAGUUACCCUAAUAUUUUUAAACCAAAAGUCCUGCCCACGACAGGAGACGGGUCUAACUGCAGCCCACAAUAGUUAUGACGACGGGCACAUAAUGCCCCCUAAUCUUAACCACAGUGUAAUCGGGCAUUUGAUGGGCAUUUCGUGGCUGAUGUUGUGGGCAUUGCAUGAUUGGCUGCAUAGGUAUUGUGGGCUGCAAUUACACUCUGUUGCAUGCCAGCAGCACCCUCUAAAGUACCCCUGUGUUUGUGAUGUCCCUAUCUCUCUGCCCUCAGUCCUGCUAGCAGCAUUCCUACCUGGCACGAAGCACAGUGAAGGUGCCAACACAAGAGCCAUCGCUGCUGGUCACUCAGCUUGUCCGUUUCCUGGUCUGAUGCACUGAUACCAGGCUCCCCUCAACCCCUCCAGCAGUUCUGACCAAAUGCAGGACCUCCUCACGGUCACCUGGGGGCAGCAGCGAGUCACACAAAUGGCUCUCACACCUUAAGCCCAAGGACUUGGCUGCACUUCCUGAACCUCCUGGAAAAGGCGGAGGAGCAGCAAACACAUAAAUGAUCAAUAGGGACAGGGAAAGCCAGGGGCAGGUGCUGGCAUUAUGCGGUCCAGCUAUGCCACGACACCACAUUUGUGUAGGGGAUGCAGAGGGGUGAGGCCUUUGGAAUGCCAUCCAGCAGGUUGGGGCAGCAGGGUGCUGCUCGCCACAGGGAAUGAAAUUGUUUACCAAGAUGAAUGCGCCAGGUGAAGCCGUGCCCCUCCCCCAUCCCCGUGCCCCCUCCUCUCGGAUGGACGUCCCCCUGCCUGUGCUGUAACCUGAGUGCCACCCCAUGUGCUGCUGCAUGCGCUUUGCCCACCACGCUGUACUGAAGGCUAUUUCGGGCUGACAGCCUUGCCCAGUUUUCAUGGACCCUGUCAGCCAAGUGGACGCCAGCAGCUGAGGUGGACAGGAGUCCCAGACGUCUGGUGAAUUGUCGGUCAGUCGUGUUUUUGAGGGUCCUGAUGGCUGCCCUGUGGUCAGCUGGCCUCUGACUGGCAUCACUCUUCCUUGUGUGUUUUGUGGUGGCAUAUUGCAGGAGACGAGAGGCAGGGCACCUAAGUGGUACCGUUACCAGGAGGGUAUGAGCACGCAGCUCGUGUGCAUCUGAGGGCACCUUAUCCUGUGAAAGUCGCUAUAUAAAAUAAAGGGUAACCAUUCUGAAGAGGGCACACUCAGAGCUCCUUGCUUUCUAUAAGACUCAUGACAGUGUGACAGUCACGUCAUGACAAAGGGGUCGUGAUCAGGGCAUUCUGCCAUGUCUCAAUGGCCCGCAGUGCGAGGGUCUGUGGAGCUGAGUGAAGAAACAGUAAAAUGGUGGCUAGUUUACAGCUGGCAUGUGGGCACACUGGUUAUCAUUGCUGCCUCCCAGAGUCACCAAUCCGGGUUUGACUCCUGUGCCCAGGGGUUUACGUGUUGUCCCCGCAUUUGUGUCCGUUUUCCACUUCACUCACGACAAAAGAGACACAUCUUUGAUUAGUGGGUGGUCUAUCGUGUGAGUGGGCCCUGGCACCCCAUCAGCUGCCUGCUGCGCUCCUUCAUAUCAGAAAGUGGUGAUGGUGCCCCCUCUUGGUGAACUGCAGAACUGAACGAGGCCUAAACCGAGGAAGAGAAGCAAAAACAACCAAAGUCCAAUGUGGGCCUCGUCAUCGGUGAUGGGCACCAACCCCCCCCCCCCCUCACCUGCUGGCCAUGAUCUUCACCCCUUGCAGGCUGGAAAGGCGCUAUAUUAAGCGUGCUUUGUCUCUCAGCUUUAUGUGUCGAAUAGCGCUGGUCUUCUUCUUCACUUGUCUCGCUCCUUUUGUUCUUGCACUGUUUACAAUAAAGAUCAACCCAUCAGUC